AUGGACACCUGUUAUUUUUGUAAGCCCAUGAAAACACGGGCUCGAGCACGUGCCGCGCGUAGUUUCGUGACUGCGACGCCAGACCCCGCGACAAUGCAGAAGGUGGCCAUCUUCGUCCUCGUGGCUCUCAGUCAUGGACUGAAGUAUGACAUCAUCAAGGACGCAUCCGACAAACAGCCAGGUUGCAAAGGCCGGAAGAGCAAAAGCAAGACCACUUGCUCCGAAGUGGCGGAUGAUGAAUGCGACGGGACCUGGAUUGAGCACGCGGAUAGCAUAUUGCAGUGCAAGCUUACCAAAUCCGGGUGCUUGUCUACGGGUCCGCUGUGCAAGCCAGUUGUGGGUCCCGGCAUCGGCAAGGAUGGCAUCGUGGCUUGGUACAGGAGUGAGGAUGCCGAGCCAGUCUGGAAGAGCAAGGUGGGCAGUUUGGAGGCCAAGGCGACCCAUGGUAGCGUGGAGGUGAAGGUCGAGAAAGGAAAUGGGGCUGGCAAGCCCGUGAAAUACAUCUAUGGCAACACGAAUGCAUACUAUGACUUUGGCCCCAUCCUGAAGAAGGGCUUCACGAUUUGCUCUGUCAGCCGCUAUGCCGGAGGCCACACGAACCGUGUUCUCCAAGCCAGCGGGAUGAACUGGUUGCACGGCCAUUGGUCCUCUCGAACCGGCGUGGCACACUACCAGACAUGGAACACUCCACACUCGGGACCGAACAACAAGGAAUGGCUGGUGUACUGCGGCACCUCUGGAAAGAGGGUCAUGAAUGGCGCGGGGAAGAACAUAGCCAACAACAAGGCCAAUGAUCUCACAAGAGACUACAACCUGGUCGUCAACACGCCAGGCGAACGCUCGGAGUUUGGCGUCAUGGAAGUCAUCGUGUGGAACAAGCAUCUCAGCGAAGAUGACAUGAAGAAAGUCGUCGAGUACCUGAACGCCAAGCUCGAGCACGGCUCUUCCUAG